AUCCAGGGCAUCCAUUAUGAACUCUCUUGUCCAGAAAUACUCUCAGUCUACCUCGGUUUUUGACCAGGACCACGACCUCGCAGAUGAAUACGCAGCCCAACCACCAAAGGCCACCGACGGUCUGAGCUUCGCAUUGCCAGCAAUCUCGGCACCAACAGCCUUCCUCCGCGCUCACACUGACGACCUCUCCAACCGCGACUGCACAAUCAAGAUCAACCAUGGUACGACGACGCUGGCGUUCCGUUUCCAGGGUGGUGUUGUCAUCGCCGUCGACUCUCGAGCAACGGCCGGUACCUGGAUUGCAAGUCAGACAGUGAAGAAGGUCAUCGAGAUUAACCCAUACUUGUUGGGUACCAUGGCUGGUGGUGCGGCGGAUUGUCAGUACUGGGAGACGUAUUUGGGAAUGGAGUGCAGACUGUACGAGUUGAGGAACAAGAAGCGAAUUACUGUGGCUGCCGCGUCGAAGAUUCUGUCUAAUAUCACCUACAAUUACAAGGGUAUGGGUCUGAGUAUGGGUACUAUGGUCUGUGGUGUUGAUCCUGGACUUGGUCCCUCGAUCUUCUACGUCGAUUCCGAUGGUACGAGGUUGAAGGGUGACUUGUUCUGUGUUGGAUCUGGUCAGACGUUCGCAUAUGGUGUGUUGGAUGCUGGAUACCACUGGGAUUUGUCGGUGGAAGAUGCAUUGGCGUUGGGUAAGAGGGCUAUUGUUGCUGCUCAGCACCGUGAUGCUUUCUCUGGUGGAAGUGUGAGACUGUAUCAUAUCAAGGAAGAUGGUUGGGAGAAGCACGGUGUUCAUGACUUCGGCAAGUUGUUCUGGGAGAUUAAGGCGGAGGAGAACUCUUUCAACACUGUUCCUUCGUAG